GGACACACACCUAUCGGAGAGUUUUUUUGUGGGGAGUGGGCUUUCCUGUGAUUGGAAUGGGGAUGGUGUAGCGCCAUGGAGAUAAGCAAUUGUAUUAAGAUUAGUUUUUUCUAGGUAUGGGCUGACCACGAGACCUGCCCUCCGCCAUGGGGAAAGAAAAGAAGUGCAUUCUUUGUGAAAUUGUUUGCAGCUCGGCGCAGGAUAUGGAUGAGCACAUGAGGAGCAUGCUGCACCACAGAGAGCUGGAGAACCUGAGGGGCAGGGACUCUGGCCACGAGUGUCGCGUGUGCGGGGUGACCGUGAUGGCCCUCACCGAGUACGCCGACCACAUCUCCAGCCCCGUGCACAAGCAGCGCGUGGAGGCCCACGAGCUGAAGAACAGGGGCAUCGACCAUGACGAGGAGUACUUUGACAAGGAGCUGGUGCAGCUCAUAGAGAAACGCAAGGAACAGAUAAGGAUACAGGAAGCUGCGGCCAAGCGUGAACGCGAAGAAGAGGAAAAGCGGAAACGCGAAGAAGAAGAGGAAAGACGACUACGCGAAGAAGAAGAAGAAAGGAGGAAACGGCAGGAAGAGCAACAACGACGGCAGCAGCAGAUGCGUUUCGGAACCAAGCCGUGGCUCCGCCAGAACCGGGCAUCAUGGGACUUCGCUUCCGACCUGACCCUGCCCCUGCCCUCUCCCCCUUUACUUUGGUGGGGCGCGACGGGGGGCGGGUCAGACGUGACGGGCUGGCAAAAACUUCCCAUAGGCGGCGGCAGUAUACUGGGCGAGUAUAAGGGCAACGACCACCACCAUCAGAAUCAGAAUCAGCAGCAGCAGCACCCAGGCAGGAUGAACAAGAGUGCCACCUGGCACGCGGAAGUGCCACCCAACUUCCAGACUUGGAGCAGAGCAGACGGUGGCGGUGGCGGCGGUGGUGGGGGAGGAAACCAGCACGGUGGAUGGCAGAUUGACGUCAGGGGAGGACCUGGGCAUCUCAGAGGGGGAAGAGGAGGAGGAGGAGGAGGCGGCAGGUAUGAGGGCGGCAGCAGAGACAACCUUGCACCAUGGCAGACGUCCAAGCAGCCUACUACAGACAGCAUGGAGCAGCAGCAGCAGCAGCAGCAGCAGCAGCAGCAGCCUGACUGCUCCAGCAAAUUCCCCAAGUCGUUUAGCCAGACGAAACUGACGCAGCCUUCGUCAGGGAAGAACAACCAGAAGCACGGGCCCGGGCAGGAUCACCCAAAGAAAGGUCACAAGAGCAGGGAAAGCUCAAGCGCAGAACGGGAUCGGGGAAACAAGGGAUCUUCUGCUGCCGUCCCGAAGCUGGACAAGCUGUAUCGCUGGGCCCCAUACCCCCCGUCUAAAGUCAACGACCAGACGUUAGCAGAUGGUCAGAGCACCCUCGCAGAAAACGACCAGGUCCCCAGCGGCGGCGGCGGCGGUGGUGGCAGAGGGCUCCUAGACUGGACAGGAGGAGGUCAGCAGCAGCAGCACAGACGCUUCUCCUCGGACCUCCUCGGGGAUCGAGACUACCUUAAGUCCAAACUCGGCUCCAGCCAAAGCAGGGGCAGCAGCACCAGCAAUGACAGUCCAGGUAGACCCCUAGCUUCCCACAGCAACAACAGCAGCAGCAACGGCAGCAGCAACAAGAAGAAUGACAAGAGCACGCCAGAGCACCACAAGGAAAAGACGCCCGUGACUUCCCCGGCUCCUUACCGAUCGCACCUCAGCCGGGCGGCCAGCCAGGACUCAGUCAACCUCCGGAUGUCCAAGCAGCCGCAGCCGCAGCAUCAGCAUCAGCAGUCAUUGGGAAUGUCUAGAUUCGCCUCCAGGAACUCUGCCUCCACCCUGGCCUCCAUUUCUGCGUCCGCGGUGGAGCAAGAGCGCAUGCUCUCGGACAUGCUGAGGAGAGCCAAGGAGACCCUCCUGGACAACAGGAGCUCCGCAGCAGCAGCAACAGCAACAGCAGCAGCCGCGGCUGCUCCCUGCAGAUCUGAAGAGAGACGCCAGAGCACCACGGACACCUCCACAGCCACCACUGAGCCAGUGGUGGCAGCUGCAGCACUGCACAUUGAGGAGCCUCACGAGUCAGCAACGACGUUCCGGAAAGUCAGAGCCAACCGCAACCGCGACAACCGUGACAACCGUGACCGCAGGAAAAGUUCCGGCAAUCUGAUGGAGGUUCGUGGUGUCAGUGUCGGUGUCGGCUCCGGCUCCGGCUCCGAGAGAGAUUCCACCACUGAUAGACCUUCGCUUGACCUUCGCAGCACAACCCGCUAUGCCUCCAGCCAGACCGAGAGCCCGUCACUGCAGUCGGUUCAAGUCAGCACCUCGACGGCUCACUUGCAAGAGGACGAGGAAGACAACGAGGCUGCCGCUCAGCUCGGCGCGGACGAGGGUUUCAGCUCCGACGGCAACAACACCCAGAAAGCGGACGCGAUGAGUGCCCAGGAAACGUGUGACAAUGCCGCCACCGACACAGUAGCCGCUGCAGCAGCAGCAGGCUCCAGCAGCUCUAGUGAAGCUGGCAAGUCAUCGCCGUUGCCCGCCUCGCUGAAGAGGGACUUGGGCCGACACAUCAUCACCACCAAAGGCAAGGCCGGGCCGGGGCACGAGCCCAACCUGAACAAUGCGCGGCGCAUACGCAACGUCAGUGGCACGCGAAAGGCCGGGGAAGGGACGGAGAAGGACUCGGUCGCCCUGAAGCCCAUCGUGAGGGACCUGAUCAGCUCAACGGGGUCCAGACGCAACGUCAACUGGGACCAGGUGUACCAGGACGUCAGCCGCAAGAAGCAGGAGAAAGGCAAAGGACAGCCCAGGUUUGGCAUCGAGAUGGUGUCCCGCGACCAGGAGACAGCCGCCCAGGAAGACGAGCCCCUGUGCGAAGGCUACCAGUGGGACUCCCUACUGGUCGCCUUCACCCCGCCCUCCUCACGCAAACGCAGCCUAUCAGAGAGCAGCUUGGCUCCCGAGCGCCCUCCCAUCCCCAACCUGUCUCUGUUUUCCGGGCCGCACGGCAAAGGCGCAGACCCGGAGGCUAGCGGGCCCAGCAGCAGCGGGUCGCGAGAUGCAAGACCCAAGGACGGCCCAGGAGGACCGAGUUUUCAGGAGCCUUCUGCACGCUCCAGGCUGGGCCAGGCCUCGGAGGAAGGCAGCACUGCGGCAGCAGCAGCAGCCCACGCUCGAGAGUAUUUAGAGGGGGACAGCAGCUGCGUAUCGGGGGCUGAGACUGAGAGCCACACUGGAGGCAAGAAGAGAAGAGCCGCAGGGGAGGUUCCCACUGCAGAAAUUCCAUUUGCCGAACGGCAGAAUAAAAGAAGAAAACUGAAGUGCAAGAAAGAGCGCUCUCAUGUGGACCAGCUGCUGGCCGUGUCCCUGAAGGAGGAGGAGCUGAGCGGCUCCCUGCAGGCGGUGGACCAGAGCCUGGUGCAGGCCCGCGCCACCCUGCAGGCCGCUUACAUGGAGGUGCAGCGCCUCCUGGUGCUCAAACAGCAGGUUACAAUGGAGAUGAGCACACUGAGGUCGAAACGCAUUGAACUUCUCAAAGGCAUGAAAGAUGACCUUCACACAAGCUCUACUCGACGAGCGGGCGCUGAAGAGACCUCCGCUGCGGCCACAGCUGCCUCCUCCUCAUUCUCCUCCUUCUUUCCCGAAACCUGGCCAAGGCGUGCCGCUCCCCCCUCUCCCCUCUCCCCCACCCAGCCCACCCCCUCCACCACCGCCACCGCCACCAGCCCGCUGCAGCCCUCGCUGGUGGUGGUCAAGCAGGAGCCCCUGUCCCCACCCUGCACCAGCGCUCACCAGGAACCGGAGGCGGCACACAGCCCUGCUCCACACCUCCACAGCACCACGCCCGAGCUGCCUGCACACACCGCUAACUACUCAGGCCUGAAUUUUGAGCCCGUCCCAGUUGAGAUGGCGGAGCUGCGUCGAUCCUCCGCCGACCUCAGCCCUCGCACCUCGGCCCCCUCUAGCCGCCGAAGCUCUCGUAUCCUGGAGACAGCUCCCCUCCAAGGCUCUCGUAUGUUGGAGACGGCCCCCAUCCAAAGCUCUCGUAUCCUGGAGACGGCCCCCAUCCAAAGCUCUCGUAUCCUGGAGACGGCUCCUAUCCAAAGUUCUCGUAUGUUGGAGACGGCUCCUAUCCAAAGUUCUCGUAUGUUGGAGACGGCUCCUAUCCAGCCUCCAUCAUCAGCACCACCCCCACUGAUGCCACCGCCUCUGCCAUCGCUGCUUAUAGCCCCCAUUGCCUCCACCUCCACCACAUGCCCCAUGGAGCAGGCCAAGGCCGUGAAGAAGGUGCGCAAGCUGAAGAAGAAGCGCAUGCUGCGCCAGGCCCAGGGCUCCAGCCCCCAGCAGCCGGCCGCCGAGCAGAGCGACACCGAGUCGGACGCAGACCUGGAGGCCUCGCGCAUGCUGAUGCGGAAACUGAGGCCCCGGCGCCGGGCCAGUGGCGGCUCACACGUCAGCACGUCCACACCACCUGCCGCCCCCGAUGCCGACGUAGACGACGCGAAAGACGAAAAAGAACAAGAGGAGGAGCAGCAGGAUGAGGAAGAGGUGGAGAAGGAGAAUGACGAGCACAACAGCAGCAGCAGUGAUGGGAAGGGGAAGGGGAAGGGGAAAGAGGAGGCGCCUGUGGAGACGAUGGAGGCCUCCACGUCCCCAGCCCCGCCUUGCUUCCAGGUGAAGCUGAGGGACUCGGAGGCGGAGUCCUCGGAGCUGGAGGUGGUGGAGCUGGAGCAGGUCUCGGUGGACGCAGAGGUCAUCAGCAUAGACAUAUCGGAGCCAGAGCCCGAGCCCGAGGAGGAGGACAUGAACAUGGAGGUGGGGCCCUCGGCCAAGACGGAGACGGAGCCCCAGCCGCUGUCGGAGCUGGUGGUGCGGGAGGACGGCGGCGCCAAAGAGGAGCUGCGCCAGGUGGCCUGCGACGAAGUGACCUCCACCAGCGAGAUGCCCAAGGCUGGCAUCACCGUCAAGACUGACGAGAACUCUUCAGCCUUGACCGGGAAGGUUUGCAAAAGCUCGGCAGAUGCUGUGUGUGAAGCUGUGGAGGCGCUGAGACAGGAGCCCAGCGAGGGCGCGUUCGAGGGCCACCAGGAGGCCGUGCACGACAUGCAGAUCCACGACGGCCUGCUCUACACCUGCUCCGGGGACAAGACCGUACGCGCUUUCCGCCUCAGUACGCGUGAGUGUGUGAGUGUGUUCGAGGGCCACACGUCCAAGGUGAACUGCAUCCUGCUGUCGUCUGGGCCCGGCCUGGCCCCCCGCCUCUACUCGGGGUCCAGCGACCAGACCGUCCGCUGCUACAGCCUCCGGACGCGCGAGUGUGUGGAGACGUUGUCCCUGCCCGACCGGGUGCUGUGUCUGCAUAGCCGCUGGAAGGUGCUGUUUGUGGGCCUGGCCAACGGAUCAGUGGUGACCUUCAGCCUCAAGACCAAUCGUCAGCUGGACGUGUUUGAGUGCCACGGGCCGCGUGCGGUGAGUUGCCUGGCGACGGCUCAGGAGGGCGCGCGCCGCAUCCUAUUGGUGGGCUCCUACGACAGCAGCAUCAGCGUGCGCGACGCCAAGAACGGACUGCUGCUGCGCACGCUACAGGGACACACCAAGACGGUGCUCUGCAUGAAGGUGGUGAACGACCUGGUCUUCAGUGGCUCCAGUGACCAGUCGGUCCACGCACACAACAUCCACACGGGGGAGCUGGUACGUAUCUAUAAGGGCCACAGCCAUGCGGUGACGGUGGUGGCCAUCUUGGGCAAGGUGAUGGUGACGGCCUGCCUGGAUAAGCUGGUGCGCGUCUAUGAGCUUCAGUCUCAUGACCGCCUGCAAGUGUACGGUGGACAUUCAGACAUGGUGAUGUGCAUGGUCAUACACAAAAGUAUGAUCUACACAGGCUGUUACGAUGGAAGUGUUCGAGCUGUGAAACUCAACCUGAUCCAAAAUUACCGCUGCUUGUGGCACGGCUGCUCCCUGAUCUUCGGCGUGUUGGAGCAUCUCCAGCAGCACGUGCUGCAGGACCACGCCCCCCCCAGCCUGCAGACGCUCAAGUGCCGAUGGAAGACCUGCGACGCCUUCUUCAGCGCACGCAACGGCUCCAAACAGGGUCUGGAGAAGCACAUGCUGAAACAUUGUGAGGACGACAGCAAGAUGGAGCCCUGAGGGUCCAAAGCUGAGGUGUCCAGCCGGAGGAAGAGGAGGAAGAGGAGGAGGAGGAAGAAGAGCAGCAUCUAUCCUCAUCAUGCUGCUAGCCAUCACAACCCCCCCCCCCCCCCCCUCUCCCCCAUUAACCCUCACGCUAACUUUUCCCAUAUUGGGAAGAUCGCAACGCUAACGCUAACGCUACUAGCUGAACACACACAGGAGCUGUUGCUCCCUACCCUCUCUCUCUCUCUCUCUCUCUCUCUCUCUCUCUCUCUCUCCUGUCCAGUAUCUACUUUCUUUCUUGUCAUCCGAACACCAGCACUCCACUGAGAGGGGGAAUGAGUUGAAGUGAAACACAUGAUAAAGACCGUGGGCCACCCCGGGUCUUAAAUCAAGGGCAGCUGACCAGGAACAAAGACCAGGCAAAAAAAAAAAUCAUAUUAAAUAUUACUCACUUUUGUAGAUCUUUUAUUUUCCCAGAGGAUUUUUUAAAAAAUUAUAUAUUUUAUUUUUUAAAAAUGACAGCAUAUCAACGUCUUCUCUCAGUGGAGUGAGUUGUCUUUUUGGUUUUGGUGUUCUGGUUUGGCCAGUUUCCACAUUCAUCCCCUUCACGUGUGUGUCUUCUUCUUUAUGAUCCAUCAUCAUGUCCUGCUAUAUAACUGUUUUAUACUCUCUGUGGGAUACUUGGGGGCCUAGUACAGGGGCCGCACGCACUCUUUUGUCUACUGCCAUAGCGACGCCUCGAUGCCUACCUAGACCUACUACCGAUAGCCCCCUCUGACCAGGGAUGUUUUCAACUCCAGUUUCUGGACGGUACUGUUCUGUGUUCAGUUCUGAUCUUUUCCAGUAUGUGACAUCGUCGUCAUCUGAUGAUGAUGAUGAUGAGGAUUCUGAUCUGAUCUUGUGUCUGAUUAUGUACUAAUGUGCAGAAGAUCACGUAAAAGUAACUGACCAAAAAAAAAGUGUGGGGGAAGAAAAGGAAUGAAUAAUAUCUUACUAAAGAUGGAUGACGGUCGUUCUUUAAUGAGAGACUUUCAGGACCAGGUUGAAGAGGUUGCUCUCCCAGCUGCACACACUCACUUUAGUGACUCGUUUUUUUUCCUGUUAACUUUUUGUUUUUUGUUUUGUUUUGUUUUUUUCUUCCGCGUGCUGUUAUUCAUUCUAACACUAUGCAUAUGGCAUGGGUUUAGGGAUUUUUUUUUUUAGUUGGUCCAUGAUUUUGAUGGAAUUUGCCGGAAGCAUGGUAUUUGUGUACGUUGCCGAGCUAUGUCACUGUGUUGUGGCAGUGACGCCUUUUACAGUGGGAUUAAAGUAGCUCUUGAAGAAUGCUCUUAGAGUGUGUUUUGACUUGAUUUUAAAUUCCCCUUUUCAGUUUUUGUGGUUCAUUUGGAUUCCCCUCACACAGUAAAAUACUGUAGAGGUAUGACAGUUUUCAGUUUUUGUCUUUAAACCAUAAGCCCUUUUUUAAUUUCAAAAUUGUCACAAUGACAUUUUUGAAGGGUAAUUUUUGAUGUCUGGGAUGUUGUUGUUUUUGUUUUCUUUGCCAGUUAAAUGUGGUUGAUUAUUGAGAGGGAAGAUGCAAGGAUAGCAAUACAACCAUGCGUGUUGUGACUUCAGCUUGCUGGUUUGAGUUGUGGAAGACUUUUGAGUGUGCAGUGAGGGUGUUUCAGAGAAAUCAAACUUGUUUAUUCAGAGUUUGGAGUGUGUGUGUGUGAAUGUGUGAAAUGAAUGCCACUGUUAAGCAGUGGUGAUGUUUUGCAGUUUGUUUCAGAGGAAUGAGAGAUUUUUUAAAACAAAUUUAAGUGCCAUUCCUUCAUAUUCAGGGUGAUUGUAUUUGUAUGUAGUCUGACUGGACUGUUCACUUUUUGUUUUGUUCAUUUGAGUACAAAUAAAUUAAGUAUUGUAAUGAUUUAUGGAAAGAGACAGCUUUUGCUGUCUGUUGGGUGGCAGGAUGGCGUUUCUAGAUGUGCAGUGUUUGUGAUGGAGGUUGUCAGAGGAGGUGAUUACUUUUUAAAAAGGGAAGAGGUUGGAAACAAGGUGACCAGGUGAUCCCCUCUCCCAUGCCAUACACACCUCAAUUCAGUGGUGUAGUCUACGCAGCACACACAGGUAUACGCAGUAUACCCAACUCAACAUUUCAGGGAUUUCAGUAUACUCACUUAAAAUGGAUUGAUCCAUUAUUUCGAGUAGCACAAAUAUAUACAGUAUACACCCACUUCAAAAAGUGCUCAAAUAUACAGUAUACCCACCACAAAAUAGUAGACUACACCACUGCCUUAAUCCGACAACUAACAUGUAGGUGGAAAUCUCAAAUGCUCCCUUGUUCCACACAUGGUGCUUUGUGUACAGUGAUGGGGAGAGCUACAUUAAUUAGUUAGAAUCCAGUGUGACAGGUAAAACCAGUUGAUUUGGAAUAUGUGGCACUGGAUUAUGUAACAAAUGAAUCCAGGGGGUGUUCCUAGAUUGGGACUAAGCAGUAGGCUAAACCAGGUUGUUAACUUUGAGGUAGUGGUAAAGCAUCUCAUAGAUGAGCCUGGAGCAGGCCUCAUCUUUUUUUUAAUUGAAUGACAUCUGCGGGUUAUUUAUCAGAAGGUUUAUAACUUCCUGUUGGUUAACUUUGCCAGCUUUAUUACUUGACCAGAGUCUAGGGCUGGAUCUCAAAUGGCGCACUUGUGCACUUCGGGCACUAUGUUUCAGUGCGUAGCUAAUACGGCAUACGCACUGAAACAUGAACACUAAAGUGCACAAGUGCACCAUUUGAGAAUCAGUCUAGGAAUACCCUUCAGGUCGCCCAUCACUGUUUAUGUAGCGAGCAAACUAAUCCAAGUUGCUCCCUGUGUAGUGAAGUAUGUGGGGAACCGGUGACCAUUUCAGACAUGGCCCUCCACACACACAUACACACAAUGCAAUGGUUUUCAAAUCUACCACCAAACUUUAACACUGGUGCCACCAUGACUACAAGUCGCUGCAAUUGAAAAUUUUAAGUAAUAUUUUUUUUCCGGCACAUUCUAAUUCUUUUUGACAGCAUGUCUUGGAAUGACCAUUUCCCAUAUUUUAUUAUUCCUAUCAUUGCCCUGAUUAAGGGUGUUUAUAUGUUUUUAUUUUAAUGGUGUGUAGCGCUGGGAUGAGCAAUUACUCUCUGAAGAAGUUGUUCCUGAGUUUCUUCUUUGACUGAAUUUUGUUCCUGAAACUUUUAUCUUAUAUACCAUGUUUUUGUAAGACGUUAAUAGUUGAGAGAUUUCAAAAGAAAGAGAAAAAAAAGAUUGAAUAAAAAGAUUUUUCCGCAUCAUG